AUGUCGAAGACAGCCGAAGAGAACGAAACGCUCGCCAAAUUCUUUUCGGGCAAAAAGUCGUUGACUCCCGAAGUUUUGGCGACACUCGAUGUUGGUCUCGAUAAAAUCAUUGAUCAUCUUCAUAAGAAUAAUUUGGCGAUUGAUGAGGAGACGAAACGAAUUAUUAAACAUCGCGAUAAAUUGAAGGCGGCGAUGAUGAAGGAGUUUUUGGUGUCUCCACAGUAUUUGCCGAAGAGUUGGACAGCUAAAUUUAAUCGUAAGUUUUGCAAACGUGCAAAAUUUCCUUGCUAGAAAGAUAAUUUUCAGAAUGGAAAAGUGAGGCUGAAAAUCAGAAAAAUGGUGUAAACUGGUUCCGAAUUCUAUUCGCCUAUCCAAAACAUAAAUCAUUUGAUGAUGGACCAGAAGACAUAUUUGGAAAUUUUAAUAAAAGAGAUCGAGGGCUUUUGAUUGGCCUUAUUCUUGGACCUGGAGAUGUCAAAUCAUUUGAGGAAACUAAACGGGAAGACGAUUGUCAGGGAAUGUUCCUUGAUACAAAAUUGAUUGAGCACGCUGGAAAUGAGCCGGAUUUGACGAGUGCAACGAAGACUUAUGUGAAUUUGGAGAAAAUGGAGAAGCAAGCGUCGGAGCCGAAAAUAUCGGCGAAUUUGAAUAAUAAUAAGGAGAAAGCGGAGAAUGAGAAGAAAAAGAGGAUAUGA